UGUUUGAUGAUAUCGAGAGCAAUAUGUUAUCGAUAGUCAAUAGUCAAAUUGCAAAAUGUGAAUGUUUGAGGUUAGGUUAUCAAUUAAUUCCUUCAGAAUUCUUUAUUAAACUUCAAGAGUUUUCUUGAUUAUUCAGUGACUAUCGGUUUAUUACUUUACUCUCAACUGUCUCAAAUAUCUUCAUUAAUACUGGUUUUUAAAAAUAAGUGGAUACAAUGAAUUUUGUCAGGCAAAUGAAGAUUUCACCGUGCAACGUUUUAUCACAAACACCUAUAGUCUCUAGUAUAUUGAAUACUAACAAUAAUCUAGUUUGUUAUCAAUGUGUUAGAUGGAGUAGACAUAAACCUAGAUGGCUUCCUGUUGCAAAAACCAAAAUGUACAGGAUCCCUGCCAGAAAGGAGUAUCCUGAAGAACAAACUGCCGAACUACUCACUUGGUUCAACAACUAUAGAACACAGAUGAAAGCUCUUCAUUUGUACUUGGCUGAAAAGCAAAAAGCUCAGGAAACAGGACCCGAGGUCAUAGCUGAACGUCUACGUCAGGAGGAGCUUAAAUAUGUGGAAUGCAUGCAGAUUAACGACGAGUGGAAUGCGUCUGUGGCAAGGUCGAGGGAGGCCAGACUCGCAAGGGAGGCCGAGGAACGCAGACAGAAAAUAGCGGCCGACAUUGCUGAGAGAGAGCGCGCCAGAAUGGAGAAGAUCAGGGGCAUCGAGGUGGCUGUGCGCAGGGAGAAGGAGCUGUCAAAGACGUUCAUCACCAGAGAGAACAUCGACGAAGCGAUUGAGAAGGCUCUGAACGAGAGAGUUGACUUCAACUUCUGCAUCGACCUGAAGGGAAACAUCUACAAAGGGCUGAGAGCCAGACCCGAUCUGGCCAGUGAUAACCCGUCGCCUCAAAAACUAGAAGCCGAAUCUGCUUAAUGAAUAAACAUAUUUUUUGAGAUUCAAUGCUAGGAGGUAGAUUGAUAGAGUAUCACACAGAAGCGCUAGUAGCUAUUUUGAUAUUAUCUGUUUAUCAUAAUUUUGAAUGUGGUUAAUCGUCAGUGAUACAUUGAUAGUGUUUAUGCAUUUAAUUAAAAAUCAUGAAUUCAAA